ACACGUUCACACUUCACACACGUAAAUAUUCUUCAUAACCUCAUUUUUCUGUAAAAUAGAAAUAGAUGUUAAAAGAUUAUAACACUAUACGGUAUUAAAAUGAAUAAAAGGCGGAGAGGAAAUUUUAGACCAAGGAAUUUUCAGCAUAAUCAGAAUAAUCGGAAACCUCGUUCUGAAUAUCUCAACUAUGACCAGCUUUCUGAAAAAGAUGUGGGAAUUACUGAAUAUUUAGGUGAUUUAGAAGGUUUUUCUGGCAUAAUUAAAGCCAGAUAUUCAGACUUUCACGUAAGCGAAAUAAACCUCGAGGGAAAAGUAGCGAAACUAACUGACACAAAUGUCCCAAAAGACUUCUCAAUGAAGAUGAUAAAGCACAAUUACCAUGAAGUCAUAGAGAGCCCUAACAAAUAUAUUCCUCAGGAAAUAUGGGAAGGUAUCAAGGAAGUUAUCAAAUCCAGUUCAGCACCUAUCGAAAUAGAUAUUGAUGAACUGGAUAAAGAUGCUAGACUAGAAAUUCAUAAUUGCGUCAAAAGCCACUUUGGACAGAAGAUUGUUUCAUCUACUAUAGAUGUUGAUGGAAAAAAGAAGAUUCAGUUUAAGAAGUUUGAGAAAGGAGAUAGAAGCGAUGUUCGGUACCAAUGGCCACCAGAUAAAGGAGAAUAUGUAUAUUUUAUUUUGUAUAAAGAAAAAAUGGACACUUUGGAAGCUACACUCAAAAUCAGUUCAGCAUUGCAUAUGAAUGCUUCAAAGUUUACGCAAGCAGGAACUAAGGACAAAAGAGCUGUUACAACCCAAUGGUUUUGUGUUAGGAAAGUAGAACCCUGGAAACUCAUACACAAAACCAAAAAUCUCUACAACAUUCGAAUAGGAAACUUCGAAUUCAAAAAUACUCCACUCUCACUAGGCCAGUUGAAGGGAAACAAGUUUAGAAUUGCUUUGAGGAAUGUGACAGCAUCAGAUGAAGUAAUCAGUGCAGCUAUGGAGCAUUUGAAAGAGAAUGGAUUCAUCAACUACUAUGGACUGCAAAGGUUUGGAAAUGAUAAAGAUGUUCCUACUUUCCAAGUGGGAAUAAGUCUUUUACAAGGAAAAUGGAAAGAGGCUAUUGAUCUUAUUCUAAAGCCUAAGGCUUCAGAUGAUCCAAACUCAUUCCAAGGAGAUGUCGUGAAUGCGAAAAAAAUAUAUAUGGAGACUGGUGAUGCUACAAAAGCAUACGAUGCUCUUCAAAAUAAUAAAUCGAAUGCUGUAGAAGCCAAACUGUUAGAAGGUUUAAGGAAUGCCAAUGAAAAUGACUAUGUGAAUGCGCUGGAAAAAGUUCCUAAAUCAAUGCGCCUACUGUACUUACAUGCUUUCCAAAGUUUGGUUUGGAAUAGAAUGGUAUCUAAACGUCUACAGAUCUAUGGAAUGAAACCUGUUGUAGGAGAUUUAAUAUUAGUAAAUAACAGUGAAAGUAAUUUGGACACUGUGGAGAGUGAGGAGAGCAACACUAAUGACAAAGAAGAAGAAACUGAAGUUAAAUCAAGAAAACAAGUCAGAGCUUUAACUGAAGAAGAUUUAGAGAAGUAUAAUAUAUAUGAUAUAGUAAUGCCUUUACCAGGAUUUGAUAGUACUUAUCCUGAAAAUAUGAAGGAGCAUUAUAAAGAAGUAGUAGAAGAGCUUGGCUUAGAUUUAAGCAUGUCCAAACAGUCAGUCAAAACAUACAAUCUUUCAGGAGAUUAUAGAAAAAUGUUGGAAAAAGCUGAAGAUGUUACAUGGUAUAUAACACAUUACAAUAAUCCCACUGAUAAUUUAAUUUUGUCAGAUUUGCAGGAGUUGAAGGGAGAAGUUUGUACACAAAUUGUUAAAGAUGGAACAUACAAAGCCUUAAUUAUGGAGUUUGCCCUGCCCCCUAGUGCCUACGCCACGAUGGUCUUGCGUCAGAUCAUGAAAGUGGAUACUGCCACUAAUGUACACUCAAAAUUGAACGACUACCACCAAGAGAAGACAUCUGCUAUCACAAGUUCGCCAAAAGUUGAAAACCAGGAACUUAUGGUAGAAGAAGACGGAGGUGCUAGUUUGUUAUCCAAUGCGGAGAAAUACGAGCAGUUUAAGAAUAGUGUUUUUAAUAUUGUUAGCGAAGCGACCAAGAACGAUAUUAUUGAAGGGGGUGAAGUUCCAAAUAAGAAGCAAAAGCUCGAAGAAACAAAUACCGAAACAUGAAUUUAUCUUUAAGUCUUUUUUUUUAAUAAAGUAUUUAAAGUU